ACAAACUGAAAAUUGAAAUCAAAACAGAAAACUUGUCUCAACUUGUUGUGAAUAGCCGAUAGUGAACACUGAACGGUAUAAAAUUUAAUCAAUAGUAAAUACUAAAUAGUUACCUAAUUAAUACGAUAAAAAUAUUAAAUUUAUGAUAUUAUGGCACCAACAAAGAUAGAUCAAGGAACAUUAAUUAUCCUGGACAUCGGCAGAAAUGUUUCGAAAACGGAGGGAAAAGGCGAAAAGAGUUUUUUUGAAAGUGCAAGGGAAUGCACUGCUCGUAUUAUUGAACGAAAAAUAAUCAGCCAAGGAAAAAAUUACCUUGGUAUUAUUUUGUUAGGAUCUAAGAAAAGUACCGGUGACUUUAAAUACAUAGAAGUAUUUUCUGAACUUCAAACACCAACUUGGCAAAUGAUACGAAAUCUCCCAGAUCAGCCGACAAAAGCUAAAGGUAAUUGGUUUGAUGCAAUAAUAGUGGCAGCCAAUCACUAUAUGAAUGAAGUGAGUGGUGUCAAAAUAAUGAAUAAAAAAAUUAUUCUGAUGACAAACUUUGAAGCUGCUUCAUAUGUUGACAGAGAAGAUAUAGAGAAGGUCUUGGUUGGUUUCAAGGAAUCAGGAUUAGAAAUUGAUGUUUUUGGACCAGAUAUAUAUUCAGAGAAUAAUAAAAAUGAAGACCUGGAGUUAGCAAGAGAACUAGUUGAAGGAACUAAUGGUACUACCACAACUUUUGAUUUCAUUAUGAAAUAUUUAUUAUUCCAUAAGAAGAAAGUUGUAAACCCAACACCUUGGAAUGUAGAUCUUAGUAUCGGUCCAAAUAUCAAGAUACCUGUAUCAGCAUAUAUUAGGCUAAAAGACCAACCUGUUGUUAAGAAUUGGUUAGCAAGUGUUAGAGACCCAGUAACAAAUACAGCCAGUACAACAGAGGGUAUAAUGAAAAAUAAAAUAUUUGUCAAUUCAGAGAACCAAAGUGUAGUAGAGCACUCUGAAGUAAUUAAAGGUUACUGUUAUGGUCAAGAAAUUAUACCUUUCUCUGAGUGUGAUAAAAGUAUGCUAUAUGAAUCAGGUGGCAAGUCACUUGCAGUGUAUGGUUUCACACAGGAAGACAAUAUAACAUGGCAGUGCUUGAAUGGGGAUGGUUUAUCAUAUGUUUUUGGUCAGAAAAAUGAUAAGAAAGCUCAAUAUGCCAUCAGAUGUCUUGCUGAGUGUCUCCAUGAGUUGAAACUAGUGGGUAUUGUGAGAAGGGUGUACAAUAAUGGUAAUGCACCCAAAAUGUAUGCUCUGAUGCCUGUUAUAGAUCCCAACUUUAUAUGUUUGUCUAUGGUUGGGAUCUGUUUCAAGGAAGAUAUAAAAAGCAUAGCUUUCCCACCACUCAAUUUGAAGAAGUUUGCUACAACAGAUGAACAGGUUGAUGCUUUCAAAGAACUAAUUAAAGCAAUGGAUUUGACUAAAGCUUAUGAUGAAGACGAAUUUGAUGACACUGAAGCAUUUCCUAUUGCAGAAUGUGUAAGCCCUUCAGCACAAUAUGUACUUGAUUGCAUUGCCUUCAGAGCAAUGAAUCCAGGCAAACCAUUACCCCCACCCAGGGAUGAUAUAAUGAUGUUAUUCAAAGUGCCACCAUUAAUUGAGAAAAGAUCAAGAGAUCCAUUAGAAAAACUUAAAAAUUUAUUUGAGUUGAAGAAAGUUGAAGUAAGAACGAGGAAGAAGCAAACUGUUCCUGAAAUGGAUAUUGAAAAUGUUGCAAAAUCUGAUAAUAAUGAAAAUAUGGAUGAUAUGCCAAAAAUAAACUUAGAUGUUUACAAUAAACCAAACAAAGUUUAUAGGGUUGGAACAAUUGAUCCUAUAGAUGAUUUCAACACUUUGAAAACUGAAGGUAAACCUUUACAGGAACUCUACAAAGAAAUGGGUGAAGCCAUAGAAAAUAUGAUUUUUAGCAACUUUGAUGGUAAUUAUGAUAAUGCCUUCAAAGCGAUGCUAUAUUAUAGAACAGAAUGUGUUAAAUCAGAUCCUUCAUACUAUAAUAACUGGCUGAGAGAGUUUAAAAUGGAACUUCAUGAUCGGAAAAAGAAUAAUAUUCUGAAUAUGUUUAGUGACCGUAAAGUUGAUUUCAUUUUGAAAGAAGAAAAUGAUAAAAGUACCUUUGAAAAUGCCGAUGAAGAUAGUCAGUUAUAUGAGAUGGAAACCAUGCCAACGCUUACCGAAGUCAGUAUUAGUACAGAAGUAAAUGAUAUGUUUGAUGAGAUGUAGAUCUGUUUUUAUUUUGUUUAAAACGAUUGUUAUUUUUGUAUUAAAGUUUGUGAUAUUUA